UAAAGGAAAGCUGAGGGAGACCCAGCUCUCAGACAAAACUUCAACUUCAACUUCAACUUCCACUCCAAAUACCCUAUUUAGAAAAAGAAGAGCAUCUUGCAUCUUGGAAAUAUUGACUACUUACAUGACUACUACAGGUUUCCCUAUUUAGGAUUAACUGGGAAUUAUCACAUCAUUACCACACCUUCACGUGACAAUUCCAAUUCAACUCAACGUUCACAGCAUUGAAGGACAAUGGCGAACAUGGCCACAGAGAUUGUUGCCUUUCUUCUCUCCAUAUCAGGCUGGAUCCUAAUCUCCUCCACUCUGCCCACUGACUACUGGAAAGUAUCAUCUGUAGAUGGAACUGUCAUAACUACAGCCACCUUUUGGUCCAAUCUCUGGAAAACAUGCGUUACAGAUUCCACUGGAGUCUCCAACUGCAAGGACUUCCCCUCCAUGCUGGCUUUAGAUGCUUAUAUCCAGGUUUGCCGAGGGCUGAUGAUUUCAGCAGUGUGUCUGGGAUUCUUCGGGGCGAUUCUGUCCUUGGUUGGGAUGAAAUGUACAAAAAUUGGUGGCUCUGAUACAACAAAAGCCAGGAUAACCUGCCUGUCUGGACUGAAUUUUAUUCUCAGUGGUAUCUGUUCCCUGACAACAUGCUCAUUAUAUGCACACAGAAUCACCUCUGAGUUUUUUGACCCAUUAUUUGUGGCACAAAAGUUUGAGUUGGGGGCUGCGCUCUUUAUCGGCUGGGCAGGAGCCGUACUCUGCAUCCUGGGGGGCUUCAUUUUCUGCUUCUCAAUGACUGAGGGCUUCAGCAUAAGGGAAUACUCUUAUAACGGAGCCACUUCCUUCAUAUCAACUCGAAACAAAAACACCAAGAGUCCAGAAAGUCCUCACAGAGAUGGAGCGGAUCAGAGCUACUCUCACAGACAGUUUGGAAGGAAUGCCUACGUGUGAUAAACUUCCUACAGGAAAUCACAUUAAAACCAAAGACUCUGACAAUCAUACAGUAGCAGUAAGAGACAUUUGCCUGAACAAAACAUAUAAAGAAAAUACAGUAAUCAGAUAAAAAUAUGAUGAAGCAAUUUUAAAAGCGUCACUAAACAAGAUUAUAGAAACCCCAUCUCAACAAACAACAACACUGGAACCUUUUUUACCUGUUAGAUCAGCUUUUAAUUCUCACCAAUGAACUUUUUUUUUACUGAUCGUCUAAUAAUGCUAAUUAUAGUGUUUUUAUAUAGCGUUUUUCCACCUAAUUUUGAACCGGCUCCACCAAAAAAAGUUUGUUUCGGAACCAGGAACAUUUGUUUGCAGCGGGAACCAAAGAAUACUAGGUACUUCGAACUGUGACUACAUCUGGUGGCGUGUCUGUUGGUACAGGAGCACCGCCGCUGUGCCGCACCCUCUGUAGAUGGUUAUUCUUAUGAGCCUGAAAGAAAAAGGUUCAAAAAACAGCAUUCUUCUGAUGGAAAAACACUAAUAUUAAUUUAGUGCUGUGAGAAUUUUUGUGUUUUUGCUGUACAGUAUUUCUUUAUAUUGAGCUCACACGAGUUUAUCAGUCACUACUAGUGUUAGUGAGUAAACAAUGUUAGCUGCAGUUAAUCAGUAUUACAUAUACAGUGGCAGAAAAGUUCAGAUUAAAAACAGCCAAAAGAGGAAAAUAUGUGCAGAAUUCAUUUCUUGUAAACAUAAAAAAAGACCAAAGCAAAGAUUUUAUCAGUCCGUUAUGGUUAGUAUCUGGUAACACCCAUUUUACAUUUUCAUUAAGUGUCACAGCUUAUAAUGCUUUUUGUAGCCACUUAAAGCUUUUUUUGUCUUGUUUAGACACUUUCUGCCCAAAAUGCUUCUAGUUCUGUGAGAAUUAUGGGCCAUCUUGCGUGCACUGCUCUUCUGAGAGAGCAGAAUUUCAGUGAUAUUUAUUUAAUCCAUUUUCUGUAAAGCAGUGAAAUGUUCAUAAACAAACUCACAUGUACAAAUGAUGUAAAAA